AAAUUUUAACACUAAACAGUAAACAGCUAAAAAGUAAAAUUUUUAACUACCAAAUUGUGGAAUUUUAUCAAUACUUGUGAGGUACUAACUACAAUUUUCAUUACAAUGAAUGCUGACAGACCACAACACAAACUAAUCAGCGAAACCAGUUUAAAGUGUAAUGUGGAUGAUAUCAAUAAGCUACUGUCUGUCAAAAAACAAUUAUUAGAACAACCACGUAUUGAAAAAUGUGCAUCAUUAGCUGAAGCUGAAUGGGAUGAAGAUUUAAAAUUAGCAAAAUUAACAAAAGUUACAAAAAAUCUUACCAAAAAUUUUUCACAUUCUUUAAAUAAGUCAUUGUAUUUAUAUCCAGAAGAAUGUUUAUGUUUGCUAGAAAUGAAAUGUUUGGUAUUAAAAUGGAAUGAAAGAAAACUGUCAAUUAAAAAUGCAUUUUCCUUAUUAUUGGCUGAAGGAACUGGUUGUACAUUUGAACAAUGUAGAACCUAUGGUUAUUUAGUUAAAUUAGGAUUUCGGGUAUUUAAACAUAACAACAAGCUAAUAAACAAUACGCAUGAUUCCAAGGAUGUACCCAAACUCCCAGAUAUGUCAACUAACAGAAAAAAACGUAAUGUAAAUUACAGGUCUACGCAAACUGAAAAUAUUCCUAAGUUUUUCAAAAAACUUCCUUCUCCUAAACUCAAAACUUAUUUUGAGUUAGUAUAUACUCCACCAUCACACUAUUUGCCACAAAACUUACAGCCUGUUUAUGAUGUUUACUCAUAUGAGCUGGCUGUGAUUUCUGGCAGUAUUAAAAUUAUUGAUUAUAGAUAUUUUGAAGAACAAAAAAGUUUAGAAAAUGUGGAAAAAGAAAACAUAGUUUACAAAUCACAACCUACUGGAAUGUACCCUGUAUAUGAAAAAAACAUUCCUCAAACCAUAAAAUCAAAUGAUGAAAAUAUUUAUGAGCCUAGAGUUAAAAAAUUAAAACUUACAGAAACUAAAAAUAUCCAUUCUCCCAUUACUCUAAAUACGGCAACUACUUCAAAAAAUGAUUACGACCUAAGUGCAUUGAGUACUACAGCAAAUGUAAUCACCAUUCAAGAGUGUGAAGAUUCAAAAAAUAAUAAAAUGGAAAUUAAUUUGCCAGUCAGCUUAAGUACUGGAAGUAACUUAAGUGCAUCUAAUAAUAAUAUUAAUUUUUCUAAUAAAUUUCUUGAUGAUAAAUCGAAUGAGGAAAAUAUAAGUAUUAAAGAAGAAUUUGCAACAUCAACACAAAAUUUAAAUUUGAAUGGAAAAGAUAAAAAUGAAUCUGACACCAAGCCAUCAAAAUGUACACUGCCCAAUACUAUCUUUGAAGAAGAACUGCUUGAUAUGCAUGUAAAUGUACCAAUUCAUAUUAGACAGAAACUUUUGGCAAUAAAACCGUCAAAUUUUCAUGAAGAAUCUAUAAAAAAUGCUAAUAAUAAGUAUCGUGUGCAUUAUGAUGUUUACUAUCCAGAUAAUGAUGUUCCAAAAACAUCAAGACCGGCACCAGACUUCAGAGUUAUUGUUUUUGAAGACGAUUUAGAAUGCUUUCCAAAUAUAUACAACAUCAAUAUUUCAAAUCCUCAUGACAAUAUACCUACUUUAUGGGCCAUAGUAAAUUCAAGCUCAGUUUCAUUUUUCAGUGUGGAUAGUAUAGUCCUACCAAAAUCUACUGACUGGGAUAAAAAAGAUGAAUGAUUUGAAUUAAAUCAUUCCAUUAUUUGUUUUAUUGUGUCACUGACAUUUGUUAAUUGAAUAAUACUGUUUUAUUUUCAUUAAUUGUGUGA